UUUUUGUCUUUAUGGGUUUCACUCCUUGACUACUGUUAACAUUUCACUAUGUUGGCAUUCGUCGUUUAUCGAAUUGUCAGCCACCGCGUCUCUCUUCACUGGACAUGAUUCUGUCACACCCCUCAAAGCAUUCAGUGUACAGAGCUGAUCACAAUGAAAAGACAACCUCAACUGUAGAACAUCAGGCAGCCGAGAGGGUCGUCUUGAAGUACAUCAAUGGCUUGGUGACAUCAUGCUUCACUAAUGUCAUCGACGCUGCCAAACAUCUCCUUCUCAGUCAUUAUGUAACGGCCGACAGUUUAGAUGUUUCGAUUCUGAAUUGUCAAAGUGUGGGUUCUGUGCAUACUGAGAGUAAAGAUCAAGAGGACAUUCCGUACAAACACAAGGAUGAGAAUGUGACACAAGAACAGAGUCGAAGUAGUGGAUUGGGUUCAAUUGGAGGCCAAAGUCGGAGGCACUUGAGAUCUACUUCGGAUCCAACAGGAGCACGACCGACUCGUGAAUCAUUGAGUACUCGUCCAGCAUCGCUGCCUGCCGAUCUCCUGUCUAACACAAACAUGCAGCAAACACCACACAUCAAUGUCAGAUUCAAGACACAACAGAGAGCAGUUACACAUACACAAACCGUAUCUCCCGCUCAAACUGACGCACCUACACAGAUUUCUCACAACAGUUGCUCUAGUAUGGACGCAUUACCUCUCACUCAAUUGGCAAACUCAGAGUCAUCAACUAGAAGUUUGCCGAGAGAUCUAAAUAUGGCAGCAGAAUUUUGUGAUGAGCAAAGACGACCGAAGUUUGCCGACACAUUACAAGAGAUAGCACAAGAGCGUUGUGUGGAGGCCGGUAAAGCUGUGGCGACCAUGUCACGUGACUUGUUGCACUCAUCGGAGGGUAACGGCAUUCACCAGAGGAAACGACGAGUGAGAUUUCAAGAUGUCAGUCUGCAGAGUUACUCUAAGCAACCGAUUUUGACCGAGUCUCAUUCUGUGUACAAUAGUUAUCAGCAUCAAGUCGGACAGAGUUGGCAGCCAUUUGUUGUGCAGGAUAGUACGUCGGUCGCUAGUGGCAACGAUUUGCCCAUCGAUCGGUCACGAUAUGAGUUCCUACCGAUUCCCAUGUGUUUGUCACCGCUUGAGCAGUCUGUGCAACAUGCUAGUCACUCUAGUCCUAUUAAUGAGAUUCUUGGUAUAACUGGGCAACCUCCGGAUGCAUCGGAUGUGUCUAUUAGAUGCUGCAGGUUGUCGGGAUGGAGUUCUGUGGCGAAUCAUCGCUCGAAGGAAGAGAUGGAAUUUCAAAGACCAAGUUUGAAGUUGAGAGUCAGAAAGCCGGUUACUGUGGGAAAUGUCGGGACUUUAGAAAGACUCAUUCAACCCUCGUGUAUGGAGAAUCCAAAAUAUCCUUCAACAACCCAACAACCAUGCAACGAUCUUUCAUCAUCACCUUAUCACGCUCCACCAUCAUCCUACGACAGCCAGCCAUUGUCCUACACCCAUGCACUAUCAUACAACCCUCCACCAUCAUAUGACCAAGCUGUCGCUCACAUAAUGGACGACAAACUAACAGACAACAUGGGCACGACAUCUCAGCGCACGACUGCAUCGUUCCCAGUGGAUUCUCUCUCUAACAUCAGUGACAGCAAUGGAAUACAUUUGGAUUCAUUUCUGGAUGUCAGCUCAACGGCACUUUCGUCAGUCGAGUCGUACUACGAACAAGGAAUAUCGAGUCACGAACAGUCAACUCAGUGUCUGACCAAACAGAUUUUUUCAUCUCUAGAUCACAUGGGUACGAAUCCAUCGUGUACAAGGUAUGCUGGUCAUGCCUUGUUGCCAUGGAGUUUGAGCAACGGACAGAACUUGAAUGCUAGUAGUGCAUUUCGGCAAGUGCCACCGUCGACUCAGAGUGCUCAUCGUCCCAUCACCCAAUGUAAGUCGCCAUUGGUUCAUCGUUCGGGAGACGAAGGUACGAGCGCGUUGACAAGAACGUUGCUAUCCCCGUUUGGUUUGCUGCCGUCUGUCACUGAAAACAAUGAUGACGAAACGUCUCAGGAGUGUAGUGGCUACAGCAGCAGUAUAUCGUCAGCUGCAGAUGACGUUCAGCCGUGGGUGUGGAACGCAAGAUGCACUGGCAGUUUUAGUUCCAUUGGCAAGAUCGUUUAGAAAGUAAGUUCUGUAUGUACCUCGAUGGCUGUAAAGCCGGUGUUUUGUGUGCAGGUAUAACACUGAUUGUUAUCUGUUGUUUUGUAUUGACACCGAUGCAGUGAUUUUUUAAUGAGUAAGUAGAGUUUGUACUAUUUGAUCUCGUGUAUUGUCAAAACAUGAGAAUUCGUUUGUACUCUAAAGCGAUGCUGCUGGUAUGAUUACCUCUCAAUGCUGUUGGAUCUGCACAUACUUUACUGCUUCUAAUGUUUUCUCGAGUAUA